GUGGUCUGAAGCUUUCACUAGGCCUCAUACUGCGCGGACAUCUGAUGGACUAGUGCUUGCCAUGGCAGAACAGAAGAAGCACUAUUUCUAGGUAUUGGAUAGAAUUUUAACGGGGUGAUUCCUGUUCUUGCAACUUCUUGACCAAGAAUGAAAACCCCCGAGACCAAAUGCGAUGUUUCAUUCGGGCACACGUUGCGGAUGACCCACUUCUCUGCCACGAACGCUGUGCUAGUUGUGCAGCACCCUUUCUAUUCGUGGGGGUCGUGGACAGUUUCUCUUCUCUUUGAUAUGAGCAACUUCGUAUGAAGAAGACAAUCGGCCGAGUUACGGAUCAGGUCUAGAAUGCCUCGCAUCCACCUGCAUUGACUACAUCCAUGUAGUAUGACCCUGUAUCAAAUGUUAGCGUAACGGUCUUCUCCGCACCUCUGUGCGUACGUGAUUGUCUAAGUCAACGCUCAUCCUGCAGAACAUGUGCGGUAUUCACAAAUGCCUGUCGCAUGUGUUCAAUGUCCACGCUGUUACCACUUGUACAUGGUUACAACCCUGCUACUUCAUUUCCUUUGGAACUAGGUCUGUCCCAACCAUUCUAUUCGUCUACCGUUGCGUACCCUAUUGUCCACCAUGUCCAACUCCUACGACCCAUCCGCGGUGACCAUUGCUGUUAUGGGGGCGACUGGGUCGGGUAAAUCUACCUUCAUUAAUCUCGUUAGCGAGGAGUCCAAUCUUGCUGUCGGGAAGGGUCUGGAGUCAUGCACCUCUGAAGUGCAAGUCUCGCAGCCAUUCGAGAUCGAGGGAAGGAUAGUCACCCUCAUCGACACCCCUGGUUUCGACGAUACGGUUAAGUCGGAGGCGGAGAUUCUCAGGCUGAUAACACGCUUCUUGGCUGAAACCUACAAGAUCGGCCGCAAGCUCAAUGGGGUCAUUUUCCUGCAUCGAAUCACCGACGUGCGUAUGGGUGGCGUCGCUCGUAAAAACUUCCACUUGUUCAAGAAGCUUUGUGGCGACGACGCUUUGAAAAGCGUUGUGAUCGCCACCAACAUGUGGGGCGGCGUUGAACCCGGGCUCGGCGAGCAGAGGGAGAUCGAACUCGCCUCCAACGACAAGUUCUUCAAGCCCGCUCUCGAGAAGGGCUCUAAGCUUGUCCGCCAUGAUAACACCCGUAUAUCAGCCGAGAAUAUCAUUCGUGAGAUUAUGGGUUACCCGCGGCUGGGUCUGUCGAUUCAGAUCGAGGUCGUCGACCAGCACAAGAGUAUUGGCGACACGUCUGCUGGGCAGGACCUCAAAGCCGAACUUGAGGCUGAGAUCGAGAAGCAGAAGGAAGAAAAGAAGAAGUUACAAGAGGAGAUGGACGAAGUCUUGGCUCUCAACGACAAGAAGCAUCAAGAAGAACUCGAUGAUCUCAAAACGUCGCUUCAUGAGCUUAACAAAGAGCUGCAAUUGCUGGAAAAUACGCACAGACAGUUGCGCGAGGAAAACGACGCGCAUCGAAAGGAGCACGAAGAGCAGACGAAGCAGUUGAUGGCCGCCAUGGAGGAGAGGGAGAACCAGCUGCGAGUUCUCCGAGGCCAAUCAGCGAAACAGACGGAGACCGUACAGACACUUGAGGAGCGCUUAGUCUCCGCUGAAGAGCGGACGCGCUCACAGACCUCUGAGAAGGAGAAGGCUGACGCAGCCUUGAAAAAACUCGCUCAGAAUCAUCAGCAGGAGAUCACGCAAUUACAGAAGAAGUUGGAGGCUGAGCGGAAAGACAGGGAAAGGCAAGACAGGGAAAGGCAAGACAGGGAAAGGCAAGACAGGGAAAGGCAAGAGAAGGAGAAGAAGGAGAGAGAGAAACGGGAGAGAGAAAGGCGGGAGCGGGAAAGGGAGAAGGAGGAAAGAGAGAAGGAGGAAAGAGAGAGACAGGAAAGAGAGAAGCAGGAGAAGGAGAAGCGGGAGAGGGAGAGGCAGGUGAGGGAGAGGGAGAGGCAAGAGAGGGAGAGGCAGGAGAGAGAGAAGCAGGAGAAGGAGAGACGGGAAAGGGAGAAGCGGGAGAAGGAGAGGCAAGAGAAGGAGAGGAAGGAGAGGCAGGAGAGGGAGAAGCAAGAGCGGGAGAAGCAAGAGAGAGAGAAGCGGGAGAAAGAGCGGCGGGAUAGAGAGGGGCGGGAGAGGGAAGCAAUGCGACAAUCUCAGCAGACUCAGCCAGAUCCCGACCCACCCUCCGGCUUCAUCAUUUCGGUGCUGAGGGCGAUAAUCCGCAUCAUUUUUUGAGUACGUUGCAUUGCCUGCGAAUCCCCUUUGAUUGAUAGUACGGCUCGCUAAUCCGCACCGCCGCGUUAUGAACGGUUUAUUUUUUCAGUCUGUAUGUUCGCCUUCGACUGAGUGAUCGUGUCGAUAGUACAUAUAUAUAUAGCAAACGUUCUUCAAGUC